AUGAGUACAACUGAGCAAUCAUUACAGUCAAAGACAGCUGUUUUAUGUUCUUUUUAUACGAAAAUUGGUUCUUGUCGUCAUGGUGAAGAAUGCAGCAAAAAACAUUUGAAACCAACAAUUACAAAAACUAUAUUACUCCCCAACCUUUAUCAAAAUCCUCGAUUUGAUCUAGUAGAGUAUUUGAGUCGGAACAGGAAACAACACCGGGUCAAGAAAAGGAAAACUGGAGACAAAAAUAGUUAUGACAUUGCAGAGAUCAAUUUCGAAACAAAAGAUGGUGUUAAGGAUAAUGAGGAGAAGGCUAAUGUUGAUGGAGAAAAUAAAGAACACGAUGAAACUAAGGAAAUAGAGUCCGAAGAUGUAAUAAGUAAAGAUAAAGAGGAGGUCAUUGUGGAUAGAUCGGGAAUUGCUCAACAAGACAAACAAAAGGAGUCAAAUAAAGAGGGCAAGCAAGAAGGUGAAUCUGAAAAGGAAGAACCUAACAAGGAAAGUACGGAAGAAGAACUACCCCCUCAAGAUGCAACACAAGAAGUGCCGAACCACAAUCAAGAAGAGUCACCCAUCAAACAAGAACAGACAGCUGUCAAACAAGAAAAACAUGGCCUUGAUGAAAAUUAUCCUGUUCUCACUGAUGAACAGAUUCAAAAGGAUUUUGAUUUAUUUUACCAAGAUAUAUUUGUUCAUGUUGCCAAACUAGGACAAAUCAACGAUAUGGCAGUUUGUGAAAAUGAAAACCAUCUUUCUGGCCAUGUUUACAUCAAGUUCAAUGAUUAUAAUGAUGCAAUUGCGGCAAAUUUGCAAUUGAAUCAGGAAUGGUAUAAUGGAAAACCAGUUUACAGUGAAUUAUCACCUGUAAAUAUUCUUGCUGAUGCACAUUGUAAAUCUUGGGAUCAUGGACAUUGUGACCGUGGAGCAAAAUGUAAUUAUUUGCAUGUUAAACAACCAACCCAAGGAAUCAAAAAAUCUCUAUGGGAUUCACAAACAAAGACAUACACAUUAAAGAAAUUGGAAAUGUUGAAAAAAGAGGUUCCAGAAGAAAUAAUGUCUGGUGCCAGUAGUGAUAAUGUUAAUAAAGUUAAUACUAAAGAUAUUGAGAUAAGAUCAACAAUGGCAUUGCUUGAACUGAUGUUUUAA